AUGUCCAAUCCACUGGACCAUGCCCCUCCAGCCCCUCAACAGGGCUAUGCCAUUUCUGACCUGUUUGCAUACCUCGGGCUAGUGGUAAAGUUACCUUUGACGUUGAUUCGGUGGUCGUACCGAGAAAUAGUCCACACGAUUCUCCAGUCGUUUGCUGAAGGCUCGUGUCCCAACCCUCAAGGCGUCGUUCCGAGUCCAGUCAUCUCAGACCCGGAGACCGUCCUGAGGAAAGGUCACAACCUUAAUGUUCCUGACUCGACGAGUUCAUCGUUAGAUUCUUCCAGGGGGACACCAACCACUCCGGCCAAUUUUCAGCGGCAUCCUGUGGGAGAAUCUCAGUGCAACUCCCCCCCUGAUCUCACGAGGCAAAUAGUCCGUCGUGACAUAUACCCAACGUUAUCGGGUACGUAUAGUGACGUUUGGCUAUCAACAUGGUACCAUGACGAGCGAAAGCAUUAUGUUGCGGUCAAGUCACUGAAAAUCCCAUUCUCUAAUGAGGAUGAGAAGAGUAAGAAUUGUCAAAAACUGAUGGAUAAAAUAACACGUUGGUUGCAAUUACACCACAAAAACGUUCUGCCACUAUAUGGAAUUGCGUACGAUUUUGGGCACUUUCCGUCACUGGUCACGCCUUGGGUGAACGAGGGGUCGUUGAAUGGCUACAUCGCUAAUCAUCAUUUGUCACUGCGGAGCAAGUUGGAUAUCGCCAAACAGGUAGUAGCUGGCCUUGGCUAUCUACAUGCUCAUUCUAUUGUGCACGGAGAUAUCUCUGGACAUAAUAUCCUGGUAGACCUUCAGGGCAGAGCACAAUUAUCCGACUUCGGAGUUAUGUCAUUGCUUGCGGAAAUCCCAACUUCGGCACAGCCAUCUGGAGGUGUUCGCUCAGCGGUGCGAUGGACUGAUCCUCAGUUAUUUGAGGUGCAGGAAGGCGAAAUCAAUCCAUGCAUUCCAACGGAGCAGACUGAUAUCUAUUCAAUGGGCAGUAUUCUCCUGCAGCUGCUCACAGGAUCAAUACCUUACUACGAUAUCAAGGAUAACAUUCGUGUCCUUGUAUUAUCUUCUACAGGCGUGAAACCAAAAUGUCCUCCAGAAACGUUUGUCGCUAGUGCACAGUGGAGUUUGAUUCAAAGAUGUUGGUCACCUCGUGGACUUCCUAGUCGUCCAACUAUCGAGGAAAUAGAAGAAUUUAUCGAGUCCGAGCUUCGGAUGGCAGGCGUGCCUUAG